GCCGCGGUGGAGAGCAUGCCGCUGGAGGAUGAGCCGGCUGCACUAAGUCGCUUCAGCAUACGACCCACAUUUGGUGAGACAUUUCUACCCUUGCGCAGCGCCGUGGAAAGCGUGCCUAGCAUAAAUGAACGGAACAUUGCACAACUGCGUGAAUCGUCGCCGUUGCGAUCCUUUGUGCGGGAUUCUGUGGAGGCACAUCCCAACGAUUACGAUGAGGACGACGAGCCAGAGCAGUUUGGAGCGCCAGCCAGCUUUGUACGCGAUGUGCCGGAGGAGGUGCAACAGGAAAAGCUCACGCAGCUGGUGCAACCAGAUCCCUGGACGGUGUCCGACAAAUAUGCCGCCUUCAUAGCACCCAGCGCAAAUAAUGAUUAUCAGCCGCAGCCCUAUCGCUCCGGCUCGCCGCAUCAGCAGCUGCUCAAGUCUGUGGAUCUGGAGCAGCUGGAGCACAUCGAUGAACUGGACAGUUAUACGGAGCAGCAGUUCUAUGGUGCUCUAGCCCUAGCAGAUAAGAACUACAACAUGGCACCCAAGGUGCUCUGCUAUAUGUCCAACUGGGCGUUCUAUCGCAAGGCGGAUGGUCAUUUUGUGCCCGAGCAACUGGAUCCGAAGCUAUGCUCAGCGAUUGUCUAUUCCUUUGCCUCUCUCGAUCCGGAUCACUUGACCAUGCGCGAAUUCGAUCCCUGGGUCGAUAUUGAGAAUCAGUACUAUAAGCGUGUGGUUGCCUUGGGCGUGCCCGUGCUCAUUGCCAUGGGCGGCUGGACGGAUUCAAGUGGUGACAAGUACUCCCGCCUGGUCAGCGAUGAGAUUAAGCGCAAGGUGUUUGCCUCCAGUGCGGCGGGUUUUCUGCAGCGGCAUGGUUUCAGUGGCAUUCACUUAGACUGGAACUACCCCAAGUGCUGGCAAAGCGAUUGCUCCAAAGGACCGGCCAGCGACAGGCCCAACCUGACCAAGCUGCUGCGUGAAGUGCGCUCAGAGCUGAACCGUGUAAAUCCUAAGAUGCAAAUAGGCGUAGCCAUUUCCGGUUACAAGGAGAUCAUCAGCGAGGCCUACGAGCUAGCUGCGCUCUCCGAGAUCGUGGACUAUAUGACUGUCAUGAGCUAUGACUAUCACGGCGCCUGGGAGCGCCAAACUGGCCACGUGAGCCCGCUCUAUGGUCGGCCGCAGGACAAAUAUCCGCAGUAUAACACAGACUUCACCAUGCAGCUGCUGGUGAAAAUGGGCGCCCGCCGCGAAAAGCUGAUCAUGGGCAUACCCUUCUAUGGCCAAAGCUUCACGCUGGAGCAGAGCAGUCAGCGUCUGGUGGGCGAAGGUGUCGCCGCCAGCGGUCCCGGCGAGGCCGGUGAGCUUACCAAACAGCCCGGCAUGUUGGCCUACUAUGAGAUCUGUCAGCGCAUACGCAAACAGAAGUGGCAGACGGGCCGAGAUGCAGACCGCAAGUCGGGACCCUAUGCCAUGCUAAGGGAUCAGUGGGUGGGCUAUGAGGAUGCGGCCAGUGUGGAGGCCAAGGCGCGCUAUGCGGCCAACAACGAUUUUGGUGGCAUCGCCGCGUGGACCAUUGAUCUGGAUGACUAUCAGAAUCGUUGCUGCAGUGAAUCCUUUCCGCUGCUUAAGGCUGUCAAUCGGGCUUUGGGUCGUCUUAAUACUGAGCCGCCCACGCGCAACAACUGCGAGCGUCCACCACAGCCGAUUACGCCUGUACCACCGCAAAUGACCACCAUAAGCAGCGAUGGCUCAUCGGGCGGCAGUCACAGCGAUCACACAACAUCCUGGCCUACCUGGGAUCAAACCAGCACAACCCGUAGACCCAGCACUAGCACCAGCACCAGCACAACAACCCGAAAGCCCACCACCAGCAGCACCACACCCGUCUGGUGGACCAGCACCACCACUACCACUCCCGCCUGGUGGACCAGCACAGCCGCAACAACAACAAAACGUCCUGCAAAACCCAAGCCUAAGCCCACGCAGACAACCGCACGUCCGGCUCACACCACCUUACCAGUCCCAGCACUGGUUUAUCCAGUGGUUCAGCCUUCUAACUGUCAGGCUGGCGAAUUCUAUCCAGAUACAAAGAAUUGUAAUGCGUAUUACCACUGCAUCGUACCGGGUGAACUGCGUCAGCAAUUCUGUCCCGGCGGCCUGCACUGGAAUAACGAGGUCAAAAGCUGUGAUUGGCCCGCCUCCGCGCAGUGUUCGGUGAAGAAACAGCAGACGAGCACGAGCAGCAAUUUACCCACCAGCACCAGAAGCACCACCCAAAGACCCAGCACCACCACGAGACCAAGAACCAGCACCAGCAAGAAACCGAGAAGAACGACGACGACGACAUCAGCCAAGCCCAGUCGCAAGCCCACACAAAAACCCAUUCAGCAACCGCUGCCCGGAAGCACCACCAAGAAACCACAUCGCACCACGCGACGUCCUAGACCGCCCACCUCAUCGCGCUGCAACGAGGGUGAAUACUACACGCACCGGAACUGUGGCAAGUACUACAUCUGCGUUAAUGGGGCGCUCGUGCCGAGCGAAUGUGGCGGCGAGCUGCACUGGGAUGGCAUCCGAAAGAUAUGCGAUUGGCCGCAGAAUGUACAGUGUGUCACCAGCAAGAAGUAUCUACGUAUUGUCCAGUCCAAGGCAAGCGAGGAGGAUCCCUGCAAUGGCGAAGAACGUGUGCCAUAUCCCGGCGACUGCUCCAAGUAUUUGUUCUGUCUGUGGAAUCGCCUGCAGGCAGCUGACUGUCCACCGGGUUUGCACUAUAGUGAGGCGCUGGGCAACUGCGAUUGGCCACUCGCUGCGCACUGCAAAGAGGAUGCGGGUGGCUCGGCCAGCUCCGGCAGCUCAGGCAGCUCAAAGCCUAAGCCCCCGGCUGCAGCCAAGCCAGUGCCAACCACGCAGCGACCCUCGACCACGCCCAGACCCACUUACCCCACAGACAAGCCACAGCUCCAGCCACUGGAUGGCUACUACAAGGUUGUAUGUUAUUUCACUAACUGGGCCUGGUAUCGCAAGGGCCUGGGUCGAUACACACCCGACGACAUUAACACGGAUCUGUGCACCCAUGUGGUCUACGGCUUUGCAGUUUUGGAUUACUCAGAGUUAACGCUACGUACCCACGACUCUUGGGCGGACAUUGAUAACAAUUUCUAUACGCGUGUCAGUGGGUUGAAGAGCAAGGGCAUCAAAGUCAGUCUGGCCCUGGGCGGCUGGAACGACUCGCAGGGCGACAAAUAUAGUCGUCUGGUGCGCAACGCAGCGGCUCGCGCCAAAUUCAUACGUCACGCUCUGGACUUUAUUGAGAAAUACGGAUUUGAGGGUCUCGAUCUGGACUGGGAGUAUCCGGUGUGCUGGCAAACCGAGUGCAACAAGGGCUUCGCCGAUGAAAAGGAAGGGUUUACUGCCUGGGUAAAGGAACUAUCGGAGGCAUUCAAGCCACGCGGUCUGUUGCUAUCCACUGCGGUCUCACCCAGCAAGAAGAUCAUUGAUGCAGGCUAUGAUGUACCAGUGCUAGCCCGCUAUUUCGACUGGAUUGCUGUCAUGACCUACGACUUCCAUGGACAGUGGGACAAGAAGACAGGUCAUGUGGCGCCUUUGUAUCAUCAUCCCGAUGAUGAUUUCGAUUACUUCAAUGCGAACUUCUCGCUCAAUUAUUGGAUAGAGCAAGGUGCUCCUUCUCGCAAGAUUGUGAUGGGCAUGCCGCUAUAUGGUCAAUCUUUUACGUUGGAGAAUGCCAACAACAAUGGACUGAAUGCCAAGGCCCCAGGACCUGGUCAGGCGGGCGAGUUCACCAAAGCUGCAGGCUUCUUAGCCUAUUAUGAGAUCUGCGAGCGCGUCAAGCAUCAGGGCUGGGAAGUAGUUCAAGAUGAACGUGGUCGCAUGGGUCCGUAUGCCCGGAAGGGUACCCAAUGGGUUUCCUAUGAUGAUCCCGCAAUGAUCCGCAAGAAAUCACAAUUGGUGCGUGCCCUGAAUCUAGGCGGUGGCAUGGUCUGGGCUUUGGAUCUUGACGAUUUCCGGAAUCGAUGCGGUGAUGGCGUGCAUCCAUUGCUGCGUGAGAUUCAUGCUGUGCUCAAGGAUCCGCCAAGCGGCUAUGAGCCUACGCCCGGGCAAUCUUCACCGGAAUCAACUGGCCAGGGAAGCAACGAGUCUGAAGAAGGUGAAGGCGAAGGCGGUGAGGAGCAAGAAGAGGUGGCUGUAAUGCAGCACCCGGAGCCGGAAUAUUCUACAUCACAAGAGACAGGCAACAAUGAGGAGGAAGAAGGCAACAACGAACUGGAAUCUUCACAAGAAAACGAAGUAGAGGAGGUUGAUUUUGAAAUGGAAGCCGGUUAUCCCGUAGCUGGCUCCGGCUCCGACGCCGGCAACGACUACAAGGUGGUCUGUUAUUUCACCAACUGGGCGUGGUAUCGCCAGGGUGGUGGCAAGUAUCUGCCCGAGGAUAUCGAUGCCGAGCUCUGCACGCACAUAGUCUACGGUUUUGCCGUGUUAAAUCGAGAUAAGCUCACAAUACAACCACAUGACUCCUGGGCGGAUUUGGACAACAAGUUCUAUGAGCGCGUGGUGGGCUACAGGAAAAAGGGUGUGAAGGUAACCGUAGCCAUAGGCGGUUGGAACGACUCGGCGGGUGAUAAGUACGCGCGUUUAGUAAGAAGCGCUGCGGCACGUGCAAGAUUCAUACGCCACGUGUUGGACUUUAUCGAACAGUACGGCUUCGAUGGUCUAGACCUGGACUGGGAGUAUCCGGUGUGCUGGCAGGUGGACUGCAAGAAGGGCACUGCCGACGAGAAGCAAGGAUUCACAGAUCUGGUGCGUGAACUCUCGCAGGCAUUCAAGCCAAAGGGACUGCUGCUCUCCGCUGCCGUUUCGCCCAACAAAAAGGUCGUCGAUGCCGGCUACAAUGUGCCAGAACUUUCACGCUACUUUGAUUGGAUUGCUGUGAUGGCCUACGACUACCAUGGUCAGUGGGACAAGCACACCGGUCAUGUGGCACCCAUGUACGAUCAUCCCGAAGGCACGGCGACCUUCAACGCCAACUUCUCCAUAAACUAUUGGCUGGAAAGUGGAGCGGAGCGUAAGAAACUUAUCAUGGGCAUGCCCAUGUACGGUCAAUCCUUCUCACUGGCCCAGGCCAGCGAUCAUCAGCUGAAUGCGCCCACUUAUGGCGGCGGCGAGGCGGGCGAGGCCACGCGCGCCAGAGGUUUCCUAGCCUACUAUGAGAUCUGCUCGUACAUUCAACGUCGCGGCUGGAAUGUGGUGCGCGAUGCACGUGGUCGCAUGGGUCCCUACGCCUACUCGCGGGAUCAAUGGGUCUCCUUUGACGAUGCGCCGAUGAUCCGGCACAAGAGCGAAUAUGUGCGCGCCAUGGGCUUGGGCGGCGCAAUGAUAUGGGCUCUGGACUUGGAUGACUUCAAAAAUGAUUGCAGCUGCGAGUCGUAUCCGCUGCUCAAAACAAUAAACCGCGUGCUCCGCGGCUAUCCGGGACCGCAUCCCAGGUGCACGCUGGAGCAGAGCGAAAAGACCAUGGUUGCUGGCGACAAGGGCACCAUAGAAUCACCAAGACCCACCGUUAACACCGUGACUCCGGCUAACAUAGCUGCAACCUCAUCUAGGCCUGAUCCUAGCCAGCCACUGGACUGCGCUGGACGCAACUAUGCGUCGCACGAGCGUGACUGCAACAAGUACUACAUAUGCCAAUACGGCGAAUUCAUUGAGCAACGCUGCCCCGCUGGUCUACACUGGAACGAGAACUACUGCGACUGGCCAAACAAUGCGCACUGUACGGUUCGCGCGGACCAGACCACCCAGCCGCCGGUGGUGCAUCGGCCGAAGCCAACCAGCACCACGGAGACUCCGCCGCUGGGCAGCAAUGAGAACUACAAGGUCGUCUGCUACUUCACAAACUGGGCGUGGUAUCGGCCCGGCCAAGGCAAGUAUGUGCCCGAGGACAUCGAUGAGAAUCUCUGCACGCAUAUCGUCUACGGCUUUGCGGUGCUCAACAGCAACACGCUGACCAUCAAGACGCACGAUUCCUGGGCAGACAUCGACAAUCGCUUCUACGAGCGCGUUGUGGAGUACAAGAAGAAGGGAUUGCGGGUAACUGUCGCAAUUGGAGGUUGGAAUGAUUCGCUGGGCAGCAAAUAUGCACGCCUGGUGCUCAAUCCGCAGGCUCGGGCGCGCUUCAUCGAGAGCAUUUUGGUGUUUGUUGAGAAAUAUGGCUUUGAGGGCUUGGAUCUGGACUGGGAGUAUCCGGUUUGCUGGCAGGUGGACUGUGCCAAGGGCUCGCCAGCGGAGAAGCAAGGAUUUGCGGCACUUGUGCGUGAACUUUCGGAUGCAUUCCGGCCACGUGGACUGCUGCUCUCUGCCGCCGUCUCACCGAGCAAAACCGUCAUCGAUGCGGGCUACGAUGUGCCGCAGCUGGCACGCUACUUUGACUGGAUAGCCGUGAUGACCUACGAUUUCCACGGCCACUGGGACAAGCAGACGGGCCAUGUGGCGCCGCUGUAUUAUGUGGAGGGCGAUACGAAUCCCUAUUUCAAUGGCAACUAUAGCAUACACUAUUGGUUGGAUCAGGGCACACCGCCCAGCAAGCUGAUCAUGGGCAUGCCCCUGUACGGCCAGUCCUUCACGCUGGCCAAUCAGAACGCACGCUCCCUUAACGAUAAAUCCAUUGGACCCGGCCAGGCGGGCACGUAUACGCGCGCCGGUGGCUUUUUGGCAUACUAUGAAAUUUGCGAGAAGGUCAGCGCUGGCGGCUGGACGGUGGUGCGCGACGAGGAGGGUCGCAUUGGACCCUUCGCAUACAGCGGCAAUCAAUGGGUAUCCUACGACGAUGUGGCCGAUAUACGGCGCAAGGCGCAAUUUGUGCGCGGCUUGCGUCUGGGCGGCGGCAUGGUCUGGGCCCUGGAUUUGGAUGAUUUCCGUGGUCGCUGCGGCUGCGGCAAGCAUCCGUUGCUGCGCACUCUCAAUCAAGAGCUGCGCGGCAUUCCCGGACAGCGCGCCAACGAUUGCACAUAG